AGCAGUAAUAGUAGUAGUUGUUGUAGCAGUAGUAAUAACAAUAGUAAUAAUAAUAGUAGUAGCAGUAGCAGUAUUAGUAUUAGUAGUAGUAGAAGUGGUGGUGACGAUGGUGGUGAUGGUAGUAGUAUUAGUGAAGUAUCGGAGUUUGACGGUCGCUGCUCCGAUCGUUGCCCGUCGAUCUCGUCGUUCGAUCGAACAACCAACAACCCUCGCUCCUCCGAUAUUCGAAGUUGCGAUCCCCCACUCGGCCGUCGAGAGGCAGUACAGAAAGGACCUAUCGGAUAGAAGCGGUUUGUAUGGAAGGGAGUGAGCGUUGGGAGAAAGAGGACAAGUGGUGGGAGGAAGGGAUUGAGGAGCAGAGCGUAACCAACGAUCAACAAUUGUACCACGGGGCGAGAGGCCGGGGGAAACAGCAGAGAGGGGAGAAGGAUGAAUGAGCGAGAGUCCUAGCGCAGUGGCAGAUUAUAGGUGGUGCGCAGGCGUCCUACUAGUCAGACUUGCAGAAGGCUCGCGUCGCGCGUCAAACGUGCUGGCUAUAGGUUAAAUCCUGGCCUUCCUCGUUUUUGUCGUUUUUCCGCCGUUGCCUCCUGAUCCCGCCUUCAAAAGUGUCGGUCGACCAAUCGGCGCGAGAGCCCACUCUUACCUCUUUUAUCUAUCUCUCUUGCACUCACACAUUAUUUCUCUCUCUCUCUCUUUCUGUCUCUAUCUUUCUCUCUUUAUCUCUCUCUUUCUCUCUCUCUCUCUCUCUCUCUCUCUCUCUCUCUCUCUCUCUCUCUCUCUCUCUUUAUCUCUCUCUCGCUCUUUUGCUCGCACCCACACAUUCGGAGUAUGAGAACCGAUAGAAACCGACGGAUAUACUAGACUUCAACUGGCAGCACGAUGUCGACGUUCUACAUCGACAACGAGGAACACGACGAAUAGCAACGAGUCGACUAGGAAAGCGAAGACACGAGAGAUGCGAAGCUCGUCGUCUUGUUAGUCGCCGAGAGAACUUAGUUGGAGACUCGCUUGCUUUGCUCAUCGUUAGCCUACUCUUUCCUAAUCUCUCCUUCUCUCUCUUCCCCCUCUCUCUCUUUCUUUUUCUUCUUCUUCUUUUUCUUCUUCUUCUAUCUUUUCUCUUCUUCCUUCACUAUCAACGUCUUUUCCCUUCUUCUCUUUACCGUUCUUCUUCCGCCUCUCUGUUCUCUUAAAAUCGUUUGCAAACUUUCCCUCACAUCUUGACGGACAUUCUGUGCAAUUGGUUCACUUCGCUCGCUCGUUGCAUAUAAGCGCGAUAAGAAUAUCUUGUUAUCGUUAAAUCGCGUGUUGAACGAGUGUUGAAUUGAAUUAUAAGGGGUAAAAAAAACGGAAGAAUCACGGAAAGGAUCAGAGAUUUUCUCGGCGAGCCGGGACUUGGCGAAGUUCUGCUGGUGAGAUUCGAUGAUCAUCGAGAGAGCAUCAUGAACGGAGCAACGACCGUUGGUACUUCUGCCGAUCUGCAGCAUCAGCAGCAGCAAUCACAAAACGAAACGAGUUCCGAACAUCCUCGUAGUCCUGCAAGUCCACUCAGCAUUCGUCACGAUUCGGGUGAGAGUAGUGUAAUAUCUCCUGGAUUACCGGAACGUUACAGCCCUUUAGGUGCGACAGGUUCGACAUCCAGUCACGAUCCUUACGCCUCGAGACCGGUGCAAGAAUGUCCUGUACCACUUUGCAGAGGAAUGCCAACAGAUUUUCCUCUCGCAAGAUCUCCGUAUCUUACGGCAAUCGGUAAUGGUCAUCCCCAUCUCUUGAGUCAAGUUCAACAACAGCAUCAACAACAACAACAACAGCAACAACAACAACAACAACAGCAGCAACAACAAUCGCAACAUAGUAAUAAAACACCUCGAAGUCUUGGUCUGAUAUGCGUCGUUUGUGGUGAUACCAGUUCUGGAAAGCAUUAUGGGAUUCUUGCAUGUAACGGUUGCAGUGGAUUCUUCAAAAGAAGCGUUAGACGUAAACUUAUAUACAGAUGUCAAGCUGGAACAGGAAGAUGUGUCGUGGACAAGGCACACAGGAAUCAAUGCCAAGCGUGUCGUCUAAAAAAAUGCAUGCAGAUGGGAAUGAAUAAAGACGCUGUCCAGAAUGAAAGACAACCUAGGAACACAGCGACUAUAAGACCAGAAGCACUCGUCGAGAUGGACCAAGAAAGGGCUCUUCGUGAAGCUGCAGUAGCCGUUGGUGUUUUCGGGCCACCGGUAUCUCUGGCAAUGGCGAGAUACACGACACCAUUACCAUUACCUUCGAUCGCACCGACGACGAAUUCAACGACCACGGCGACUCCUCCCAGACAAGAGACCGAAGAUGGUAACGCGUCCGAGGACAGCAUAGACGUGACGAAUGAGGAACCAUUGACACCUCAAAGAAGCGGAUGCACUCAACUUCCACCUGUCAUACCCUCUCUAUAUUCUCCGGCCAGUGCUGAAACCGUUUACGAGACAAGUGCGAGAUUACUCUUCAUGGCUGUUAAGUGGGCGAAGAAUCUUCCUUCCUUCGCGAGUUUACCCUUCAGAGAUCAGGUGAUCUUACUGGAGGAGGCCUGGUCAGAGCUCUUCCUUCUAAAUGCUGUCCAAUGGUGUCUACCUCUCGAAUCCUCACCUCUCUUCAGUGCUCCCGAAUUGACGGCGUUAACUCUUUCGCCUCAUCAACAUCCACAUUCGGGUCUUCAUCUGCAGAACACUACGGGGAAACCGAGUCAAGUUGCGGCUGAUGUAAGACACCUUCACGAUACCUUGCAAAGGUACAAAGCUGUUAUGGUCGACCCAGCGGAGUUUGCCUGUAUGAAGGCCAUCGUACUUUUUCGACCAGAAACCCGUGGACUGAAGGAUUCCAGUCAGAUCGAAAAUCUUCAGGACCAAGCUCAAGUGAUGUUAGGACAACACGCGAGAGCCCAACAACCAGGAAGUCCGGCACGUUUCGGCAGGCUUUUACUUCUUCUACCAUUGCUGAGAGCAGUACCUGCAGCGAGAGUAGAAUUAAUAUAUUUCCACAGAACCAUCGGUAAUACGCCAAUGGAGAAAGUGCUUUGCGAUAUGUAUAAAAACUAGUAACCAUCAUCGAUGACGAUCGAUGAUAGACGAUCAAUGACGACGAAAAUGUUACAUAACAAAAAGAAAAUAUCCGGCAAACAUCCCGUUUUACAAAGAAACAAACGUUUCAGAAAGAGGAAGAAGAAAGGAAAUGGCCUAAAAAAGAUAGGGGAAGGUGCGAGGACUUUAGGUGAAAACUUGGUGAGAAUUACUAUACGGAAAAUAGUACCUUGUGUCAAAAUUAUGAAAGAAACGGCAUCUAAAAAAGAGAAAGAGAAAAAAUGAAAAUGGAAUACAAUAAGAGGAAAUCGAGAAGAUCGUUGUCCGUGGCGGUCAUGAUAUGAGUGUAUAAAAAUACGUGUAUUUAUUUAUUAUAUAGAAGAUGUUCAUCGAACUAUAGGUUCGAAUAUGUCAAACAGAUUAUUUCCGGAGAGAUUCACACACAUAUACACACUGACAGUAGAAAGACACACAUAGACAUAUACGCACACACAUCACGUAUAUUGCUGUCGAGUAUGAGAGAAGAAAGAAGAUAGCGAUCUGAACUUUGUCUUCUCAUUUCAUUUGUUCUUCUUUUUUAUUUUUUUUUAUUACUUUCCAUUUAUCUCUUCAACAUUCCUUUCUUUUCGAACAUAAUCGUUUAUUUAUUCAUUAUACGGAACGAGGAAGAUUCACGAGGCUUCCAAAAGAAGCACGACGUACAUAUUACACGUACUAACAUACCUCGCUGCGAAUGUCAAAAAAUAGAUAUAUAGUAGUUACCUCGAUGAUGUAAAGAAGUUAAGGGAAAAAAGAAGAAAAAAAAAAGAGAAGAAAAGAGGAAAAAAAUGUGAAACAGACAUAUGUUCAGCCGUGCUUCAACCUUUAUACUUCGUGUUGUGAUACUGUUCAUUGUAAAAGUGUACGUACUCGAUCGAUGCAUAACGAUGUAACGAUAACGUCAUUACUUGUAAUAAAAAAGAAACGCGAUUAAAAGAUCUACAAAUUCUAACUUAUCUUAUAACGCACGCAUCAUUACGGCUGAGCUUAAAUAUAUAUCUAAAACAAAAAAAAAUAAAAGAGGUAAGUACUACAUUUAUAUUUUAAAUGAAAAAUCUUAUAAUAUAUAUACAGAGUGCUCCAAAAAUG